AUGGCCCACCGCCGGCGCGUGGAGGAAGAGCAGCCGCUGGAGCGGCUCUUCAGGCUGGUCCAGGACGGGCAGCUCAGGCCCUUGCAAGAGCAGCUUGGGAGAGCGGAGCCCAGCAGCAGCUGGCGGGUGAAGACCGGCUGCCCAGGCAGAGGAGGUGACACCCUCCUACAUUCUGCGGCCCGGCACGGGCACCGGGACAUCCUAGCCUACCUGGUUGAAGCUUGGGAGCUGGACAUCGAGGCCUCUAACCGGGACUACAAGCGUCCCCUGCACGAGGCGGCGUCCCAGGGGCACCGGGACUGCUUGCUUUAUCUGCUGAAAAGAGGGGCGGCUGUGGACUGCCUGAAGAAGGGGGACUGGACUCCUCUGAUGAUGGCUUGCACAAGGAAAAACUUGGAAGUGAUCCAGGAUCUUGUGGAGCAUGGGGCCAAUCCAGUCCUGAAGAACAAAGAUGGCUGGAACAGCUUUCAUAUUGCCAGCCGAAAGGGUGACCCUGUGAUCCUCCAGUACUUGCUUACUGUUUCCCCAACUGUCUGGCAGACAGAGAGCAAAAUCAGAAGAACACCUCUACAUACUGCAGCAAUGCAUGGCUGCUUAGAGGCAGUGGAGUUGCUUCUCGAGAGGUGCCAUUAUGAACCAGACAGCAGAGACCAAUGUGGCAUUACUCCCUUUAUGGAUGCAGUACAAUGUGGCCACAUCAACGUAGCUCAACUCCUCCUUGAAAAACAUAAGGCUUGUUUCACAGCCAAGGAUAUCCUAGGUGCCCAAGCUUUGCACAAAGCAGCAGUCACUGGUCAAGAUAAAGCUGUUCGAUUCCUAGUCACUGAUCUUGGUGUUGGAGUUGAUGAGAGAGUAACAUUAACGCAUUACACAGCCCUCCACUAUGCGGCUAAGGAGGGACAUACAAAUACAGUAAAGACUCUCUUGUCUUUGGGAGCUGACCUUGAGUCUAAAGAUGGAAGAAAUCGAUCAGCCCUACAUCUGGCAUGUGCAGGUCAGCAUUUGGCCUGCAUUGAGUUUCUCCUCCAAUGUGGACUAAAGGACUGUCCGGACAUCACAGGGACCCUGGCUCAAGACCUCAUAAAAAACCAAGACAUUCUUUAUUACUUUGACCAAAAAAUGGCAUGACCCACAAACCUUCCUUAAAGAAGAAAUAUUUAAGCAGCAGUGUUUCUAGCUUUCUUGCCAAUUUUUUGGUUAAUAAACAUAUGACUAUUGAAUUUAGACAUCAAUGGGUGCUUUCAGCUCCUCUAUACCUGAAGUAAGAAUGUUUUGAUCAUCAGGAGACAACAUCCAGGUACUGGAUUAACAUCUGGGAACCACAAAACUUCUGUUGUAUUCCAAGCUCUGUUAUGGACAUGUUGUGAGAUCCUGACCCAGCAUGCACCUCUUGCUUUGUACUUCAGUUUCCCUGCUUUUGAAGUUGACACAGUAACUUAUCCUACUUCUUGAAGAGUUUCUAUGAGAAGAGUUAGAGUUUGAUCUUAAAGGAACCUCUUGACUGCCCAGAGAAAGGUAUAAAAGUAUUAUAUUAUGGAUGGGUUAAGCAUUAUUAAAAUCUAAGUUACACAUAAAAUUUCCUUUAGGUUUGAGUAGUGAUACUCAGCUGUUCAGUUUGAUUUAUUAUUUCAUAGACCUAUUUGUUAUUGCACUGGAAUAAUUUGUGGUUUUGUUUUUGGAAAGGAGAUAUCUAUAAGCUGCUUACACAUGUAAGGGGUAUUUCACAAGCCCCAUCCCAAGUAAUGUAAUUACAGAAGGCCUAGAAAUCUCUGUUGAAUUAAUAGAAAGUGUAAACUAAAUGUGAACAUGCCCUGAAUCAAUUUGGGAGGAGUUGAAUACUUUGAUCACUGGAUGAAAUAGAAUGAUAUCCACACAGAAAAUGUCUUGAAAUUUAUUAAAAUAAUCAAGACACUUCCACAGUGCAGUUCAGAAUAGAGAAUUCUAGCAGAACAUCUCCUGAGGGUCUAAAAUAGGCCUGCACAAUCUGCGACCCACAAACCACUUACAGCACACCAAAGGAUUUCAGGUAUUUUUCUCAGGCCAUCCAGAAUCCUUUGGCAUACCCACAGGCCAUAAGCAGCCCGUUGACCACAGGUUGUGCAGGCCUGGUCUAGAUCAGAAGUUCCCAAAGUGGACAAUACCACUCCCUGGGGGGCGCUGGAAUGAUCCGGGGGAGUAGUAGUAAUCUUGAGUGCCAUUGGGGGGUCUUGAAUAGAAAGAAGGGGGUGGUAGAAGCAUAAGGAAAGAAGAAAAGGUAAGACUAUUUUGAAAACUCAUUGGUACAUGUUUCUUCUGUUGUGUAAUAGAGUUAAAGUCGUAGUGAUUACAUUAUUUUCCAAAUAAACACACAAAAUGCAAGUUAUAGCUGAUCAGUAGUCAAGUCCACUGAUAGGUCUUAACAAGCAAGUGUUGGUAGGCCAGUGUGUUGGACAUUGUCAGAAGUCCAGCAUGCAUGUGCAUCGGCAGGAGGAUAUACAUGUAAUGACUUGUUUACAAUACAAUACUAUAUGGUUACAUGACAGUGUUGUGUCAUCAAAAUUUCAA